AUCAUUAAAACUGAUUUUUAAGUUGGUUACUCUGCAUAAGUUAAAGAAAGAAGUUAAAAAAUCUUCCUUGUAUAAUAUAUUUACCAUUAUGUGAAUAACCCCUUUAAUGUUGCAAAGAGAUCUCUACAUAUAUAGUAUGUUUAUUGUGUAUGUAGAAUUUACUAAAAUUGAAUGAUAAUUUAAAUGACAGGUCUUUCUUAGAAGCUGUCUCUCUAUUCUAAGAUAAUCCUUUGUAUAUUUCUAUUGAACAAAAGUUUUAAGUUAUCUGGUAGUACACACAUCGUAAGGCAAUUCAUUUUACAGAUUAGUUCUUUGUACACAAUUAUUUAGGGCUAUUUUAGAGAACUGUUCUUGGUUUUAGUCUUUCUGCUAUAAGAAAAGUAUUAAUUUAUAUGAAUAAAACUUGAAAACAUUGGUACUUGGGGAAACUCCAUAUUUAUGAAACAUACAAUUGUCUGUAGUGUAAAAGCAUUAUUAUAUAGUUAAACUUAAAUACAUGUUAUUUUUCUUUUGGAAAUAUAUGAGAGCUAAGGGGAGUAGCUUAGAAUUAAAGUCCUGAAAAUAGUGAGAUGAGGGGAUAAUCUUCAUAUAGGCAACCUAUAUGAUACCCACAUGGAUGGUGUUGUAAAAAAAGAAAAGCACACUUACAUUGAGAAAAAGGUAUGGAGCCGGGUUAUGAUUUUCGAAAAUGGUGGACAGUCUUAAUGGCUACAACUGGUACUUUAUUGGCUGCAAGUUUCUUUAUUUGGCUGCUUAUUAAAAAGAAGUUGGAGAACUCAGUCAAGGACCCCCAUGUUUCUACAAAACAGAAAGAUUAUGAUGACUCUAACAUUAUGAAUGAAAGAUCCUGUUCACAAAAUGAUUUAGAGAAAACUGUGAAGGUAUUUUUUGGAACACAAACUGGUACCGCUGAGGGGCUGGCCUAUGGUUUGUCAGAAGAGAUGAGUAAUCAAGGUUGGAAGACAGAAGUCAUAAAUCUUAAGAACUAUGAUCCUGAUGACAAUCUUGUUGAAGAUGCCAGGAAAAAACAAAUUUGUGUAUUUCUUUUGUCCACCUACAUGGAGGGUGAACCUCCUGAUGAUGCCAAAUGGUUCUGCAAGUGGGUUAAGGAGGCUUGCUUUGACUUUCGCAUGCAAAAGUCGCUUUUGUCUGGAAUGAGCUAUGUUGUAUUUGGAUUAGGAAGUUCUUUGUAUGCAGAGAACUUUAACUUGGUUGCAAAGAAUCUUGAUGAAUGGUUAAGCAUGCUACAAGCUAAGAGACUAAUGGAAGUAGGGCUAGGUGAUGAAAAUGUAUCAGCUGAUCACUAUAUAGGACUUGAAGGAGACUUUCUUGUGUGGAAAAAAAGGUUCUUCAGAGUUAUAGAGGAAUAUCAUUGCAAAACUUCUCCAUGUUGUAAAGAAAACAGUCAAGAAGAGAUGGAAGAGGUCCUAGAAUAUGAAAGUAGCAGUGAAGAUGGAGAGGGAAGCACUGGAGGAUCAGAAAGUGGAUCCCUAGUUGAUAUGGAAGACCUAGGAACAGUGUUAAAGAAGGUAAAACAUAAAGCAAAUGGAAAUCUUGUGAAUGGUGUACAAACUCAGAGAAAGCGCAUUCUGCCAGAAAUGAUAACACCUAUUUUGAGGCAGGCUCUAACCAAGCAAGGCUAUAAACUUGUUGGCUCUCACUCUGGUGUUAAGUUGUGUCGUUGGACCAAGUCCAUGUUGCGGGGUCGAGGUGGAUGCUACAAGCAUACAUUCUAUGGCAUUGAGAGCCACAGAUGUAUGGAAACAACACCCAGUUUAGCAUGUGCUAAUAAAUGUGUGUUUUGUUGGAGGCAUCAUUCCAAUCCUGUAGGAACUGAAUGGAAAUGGAAGAUGGAUGACCCUGAAAUUCUUCUGGAAGGUGUCUUAAAAAACCACUAUCAGAUGAUUAAGGAAUUUAAAGGAGUUCCUGGAGUCAAGCCAGAAAGACUAGCUGAAGGAAUGGAGCCAAAGCACUGUGCUUUGUCUUUGGUUGGAGAACCUAUAAUGUAUCCAGAAAUCAACAAGUUCAUUCGGCUUCUCCAUGAACGAGGAAUAUCUUCUUUUCUUGUGACAAAUGCCCAAUUUCCAGAUGCCAUCACAAGCCUGGACCCUGUAACCCAGUUAUAUGUAUCAGUAGAUGCCAGCAGUAAAGAAAGCUUAAAAAAAAUUGAUCGUCCCCUUUUCCGGGAUUUUUGGACCAGAUUUCUUGAUAGCCUGAAAGCUUUAUCGAAAAAGGGCCAGCGCACUGUGUACAGAUUAACUUUAGUUAAAUCUUGGAAUAUAGAGGAACUCCAGGGUUAUGUCAAUCUGGUGGAACUUGGCAGACCAGACUUUAUUGAAGUCAAGGGUGUGACUUACUGUGGAACCUCCAAAGCCAGUAAUCUUACUAUGGAGAAUGUACCAUGGCAUAAGGAAGUUUUGGGGUUUGUUCAAGAGCUUUCUGAUAAGUUGCCAGACUAUGAAAUUGCAUCUGAGCAUGAACAUUCUAACUGUGUCUUAAUUGCCAACAAAAAAUUCAACAGAGAUGGAGUCUGGUGGACGUGGAUAGACUAUCCCAAGUUCAGUGAACUGGUACAGAGAUAUUAUGUAAGUAAUGGGUUAGAGACCUUCACUUCAUUAGAUUACAUGGCCCCAACACCUCACUGGGGACAAUUUGGAGCAAAUGAACGAGGUUUUGACCCUUUGGAAACUCGUUUCCUCAGAAAGAACAGGAAAGAUAUCAGUGGAUGCUGAAAUUGCUUGAAGUCUUUAUUUUAAUACUUUUUUGUUAUUCUGUUGAAGAAUAGGAUAUGUGCAUUAGAAGUGGCUGGUGAAAUUAAAGGAGUAGUUGUGAA